UUAUCUGUCACUCACUGCACGCCUCAUACUCUCUUCCCCUUUUCUGCUGCUCUGCUUCUUCUUUAUCAUCAUCUGCCUCUUCUUCUCCUUGACUGACUGCAUUGGCUGCCCAGACUUAGUGUUUCUUGAAUGGAAAUCGUCGCUGUAUUUGGCAUUUAAAUUCCAGUAUAUCCAAAUCCAACGUCAACAACCUCAUGAUGCUCAGGAAUUUGGUGGUGGCAAUGCUAUUUGUCACCGUAAUUGCUCCGAUUCUUCUCUACACUGAUAGAUUCGCCACCUUCAAGGCUUCCUCUUCUAGAACCCAAUUUCUCGAAGAUUUUGCGUCUUUUACUCAGACACUUCCCGGAGAUCCCACUCAUCAUCUCCAUGUGUUACCCCAGGAAUCCUCUACCUUGCUUAAAGAACCCAUUGGAAUUGUAUAUACGGAUAACUCCACCAAUUCACCUGCAGAACCCUUCUCCAGAAUUCCAAUUACAGAUUCAUCAGCUCAAGAGAAAAGAGAGCAUAAAUCUGCUAGAGUAUUAUCUGCUACCAGCGAAGGACUACAAUCCCAAAAUAAUAGUACCAUCAGACAGGUCAUUGACACCUCUAAUCAAAAGGAGAGCCGGACAGAUGCCGAAGUUGCUAAGGAAGAGGAUCGCAAAGAAAGGGCGUCCAACGGAGUAUCGGACACUGCCGCUCAAAAUGCGCUGGAGCAGCAAUCUGCUAUAACUUCUGAAAAGGUCAAUGAGAAAGAGCCCCCCAAGUCUAAAACUGAUAAACAGACAAAACAAACGCCUAUGCCAGAUGCUCGGGUGCGCCAACUUAGAGAUCAACUUAUCAGGGCAAGGGUUUACCUAUCUCUUCCAAUCAUAAAGAACAAUCCCCAUCUGACAAGAGAACUUCGGUUACGGAUAAAGGAAGUUCAACGUGUUGUUGGGGAUGCAACUAAAGAUUCUGAUCUGCCAAAGAACAGUGUCUAUGAGAAAUUGAAGGCAAUGGACCAAUCAUUAGCGAAAGGCAAGCAGAUGCAGGAUGACUGUGCUACUGCUGUUAAGAAGCUUCGGGCUAUGCUUCACUCAACUGAAGAGCAGCUUCGAGUGCAUAAGAAGCAGACCAUGUUCUUGACACAAUUAACAGCAAAAACACUUCCUAAAGGUCUACAUUGUCUUCCAUUACGCUUGACUACUGAGUAUUAUAGCUUGCAUUCUUCUGAGCAACAAUUUCCUAAUCAAGAGAAAUUAGAAGACCCUCGGCUAUAUCAUUAUGCAUUAUUCUCAGAUAAUGUUCUGGCUGCAGCAGUUGUUGUGAACUCCACUGUUACCCAUGCAAAGGACCCUUCAAAACAUGUUUUUCACAUCGUUACUGAUAGACUCAAUUAUGCAGCAAUGAGAAUGUGGUUUCUAGUGCAUUGGCCAGGCAAAGCUACUGUUCAGGUUCAGAAUAUUGAAGAAUUUACAUGGUUAAAUUCAAGUUAUAGUCCUGUUCUCAAGCAGCUGGGUUCUCCUUCUAUGAUAGAUUAUUACUUUAGGACACACCGGGGUAACUCCGAUAACAAUUUGAAGUACCGAAACCCAAAGUACUUAUCUAUCCUGAACCAUCUACGCUUUUACCUGCCUGAGGUCUUCCCAAAGCUCAACAAAGUGCUGUUCUUAGAUGAUGAUAUAGUUGUCCAAAAGGACCUUACAGGCCUUUGGUCUCUUGAUUUGAAGGGUAAUGUUAAUGGUGCUGUAGAGACUUGUGGAGAAAGCUUUCACCGUUUUGAUCGAUAUCUCAACUUCUCACAUUCUCUUAUUUCAAAGACUUUUGAUCCUCAUGCUUGUGGAUGGGCAUAUGGGAUGAAUAUAUUUGAUUUGCAGGAAUGGAAGCGGCAAAACCUCACCGAACUCUAUCAUAGAUGGCAGAAGCUGAAUCAUGACAGAUUGUUGUGGAAGUUGGGGACUCUGCCACCUGGUCUCAUUACUUUCUGGAAAAGGACUUACUCCCUUGACCGAUCUUGGCAUGUUCUAGGCCUUGGCUAUAACCCCAGUGUCAACCAAAGAGAGAUUGAACGAGCUGCAGUUAUACACUACAAUGGCAAUUUGAAGCCAUGGCUUGAGAUAGGCAUACCCAAGUACCGCAACUACUGGGUGAAAUAUGUAGAUUAUGAUCAUAAGUACUUGCGAGAGUGCAACAUUAACCCCUAGAAGUGCCCUCUUGAUAUCCAAUCACUAGAGGUCUGCUGCACGCUCAUGUGACCAAACAUUUUUACAGGUUUGCAUCACUCUGUGUAGGUUCUUUCGCUAUCUAUAUAGUAGCUUCCGAGCUCGAUUCUUUCUGUAUACAAUUUUCCCCCCUGUUGUUUUGGCACGAUAGUUAAUUUUGGAACCCUUGGUUGCAUAUCUGCAAAUUGGCAGUCGUAUUUGUAAAUGAUUGCAGGUCUUCUUAUUUUUUGGCUGUAAUAUUAGUUUAUCGACAUCCUGUCUACAUUUGUAUCA